GGUGCCGGCCGCGGGUCUCGCCCCGCCCCCGUCGGGACCGGGACAGCGACCGGGACCGCCAUCGAGGUGUUGCGCCGAGCAGGGCUGCAGGAGUAGGACUAUGUCCACCAUGGUGUACCCGAGGGAGGAGAAACUGGACAAGCUGAGCCAAGAGGAGAUAAUUUCCAACACCAAGCUGGUAAUGCAAGGGCUGGAAGCACUCAAGAAUGAACACAACUCCAUCCUGCACAGCUUGCUGGAGACCAUCAAGUGCCUGAAGAAGGAUGAAGAAGCCAACCUCGUGCAUGAGAAAUCCAACCUGCUCCGCAAGUCGGUGGAGAUGAUAGAACUGGGGCUUGGAGAAGCUCAGGUGAUGAUGGCAUUGUCCAACCAUCUGAACGCCGUGGAGUCAGAGAAGCAGAAGCUGCGCGCUCAGGUGCGGAGACUGUGCCAGGAGAACCAGUGGCUGCGUGAUGAGCUUGCCAACACCCAGCAGAAGCUGCAGCGCAGUGAACAGACCGUGGCUCAGCUGGAGGAGGAGAAGAAACACCUUGAGUUCAUGAAUCAGCUGAAGAAGUAUGAUGAGGAUGUCUCGCCUUCGGAGGAGAAGGAGGGUGACUCCACCAAGGACUCUCUGGAUGACCUGUUCCCAAAUGAAGAGGAAGAGCAUGGUCCUGGACUGCCCCACCAGCACAGCAGUGCCGUGGCAGCUGCCCAGCAGGGAGGUUAUGAGAUUCCUGCACGCUUGCGCACCCUCCACAACCUUGUCAUCCAGUACGCCUCCCAGGGACGCUAUGAGGUGGCUGUGCCGCUCUGCAAGCAGGCACUGGAGGACCUGGAGAAGACAUCAGGCCAUGAUCACCCUGAUGUGGCUACCAUGCUCAACAUUCUAGCACUAGUGUACAGGGAUCAGAACAAAUACAAAGAAGCAGCUCACCUCUUGAAUGAUGCUCUUUCCAUCCGUGAGAAGACUCUAGGCAAAGACCACCCAGCGGUGGCAGCGACUUUGAACAAUUUGGCUGUUCUCUAUGGCAAGAGAGGGAAGUACAAAGAAGCAGAGCCACUGUGUAAGCGAGCCCUGGAGAUCCGUGAGAAGGUUCUAGGCAAAGACCAUCCUGAUGUGGCCAAGCAGCUGAACAACCUAGCCCUGUUGUGCCAGAAUCAGGGCAAGUAUGAUGAAGUGGAGUACUAUUACUGCCGGGCCCUGGAGAUCUAUGAGAGCUGCCUGGGUCCUGAUGACCCCAAUGUGGCCAAGACCAAGAACAACCUGGCUUCCUGUUACCUGAAGCAAGGCAAAUACAAAGAUGCAGAGGUGCUGUAUAAGGAGAUCCUUACCCGUGCUCACGUGAAGGAGUUUGGCUCUGUGGAUGAUGAGCACAAGCCAAUCUGGAUGCAUGCAGAAGAGAGAGAGGAGAUGAGCAAGAGCAAGCACAGAGACAGCACUCCCUAUGCUGAGUACGGUGGCUGGUACAAGGCCUGUAAGGUUAGCAGCCCAACAGUGAACACCACUCUGAGGAACCUGGGUGCGCUGUACCGGCGCCAGGGCAAGCUGGAGGCAGCCGAGACCUUGGAGGAGUGUGCGGUUCGCUCCCGGAGACAGGGCAUUGACCCAAUCAACCAGACGAAGGUGGUGGAGAUCCUGAAGGAGGGGGAUGGCACAGAGAGACAUCGGAGCCUGGGGGGCAGCGUCAAGUACGAGAAUGCCACAGACGGUAGCGAGGAAGUGAGUAUGGGCGUGGAAUGGAGCGGGGAUGGCAGUGGCACUCUCCAGCGCAGCAGCUCCCUGGGAAAAAUCCGGGAUGUGAUACGGAGGAGCAGUGAGAUGUUGGUCAAGAAACUGCAGGGCAAUGGUCCCCUGGAGCCCAGGAACACCAGCAUGAAACGAGCUGCGUCCUUAAAUUACCUGCACAAGUCGGGUGAUGCUUCGUUUGAGGGCACCCAAGGCCUCCGUGCGGAGAGCAGAGGCCUGAGCGCCAGCAGCAUGGACCUGUCCUCCCACAGCUCGCUGCUCUCCUCCAACUGAGCCGGCUGCUCCGCUGCUGGGCCCCCCCGGCUUCCCACUGCACGGGGCAGCUCCCGGCACCUCCCCACACCACCCACUCUGUUCUCCCCAUCACCAGUUCUCGUGCCACCGUCUGCCUGCCUAGCCCGGCCUCCCCCGGGGGUCCCUAGCUAGUUCGGGCACCGCAGCCCCUCCGCAUGCUCCUCUGCUGCUCACCGGGCCCGCAGCUCCGGUGGCCGCAUGCUCGGUACCGGUCACACACGCUCGCCAGGUAGAAUCGCCAGCCCGGGGAGGGGGGCUGUCCCCGGGCCGGGGCAGCGGCGGGAGUGCCCCAUGCUCCCCCCCGGGACGCCGGUCCCCCGCCGAAUGAUCGCUGUACUUUAUUUUAUUAAAUA